AUGGCUAACGUUUACUUCGACAUCGCCAUCAACGGCAACAAUGCUGGGCGCAUUGUAUUCAAACUCUAUGACGAGGAUGUACCGAGGACCGCCAGAAACUUCCGCGAGUUGUGCACCGGUCAAAAUGGAUUUGGAUAUGCUGGCUCUGGCUUCCAUCGCAUCAUUCCAUCCUUCAUGCUUCAGGGUGGUGACUUCACCAGGGGCAAUGGAACUGGUGGCAAGUCUAUCUACGGCGAGAAAUUUGCUGAUGAAAACUUCAAACUUAAGCACACCAAGCCUGGACUUCUGUCCAUGGCAAACGCAGGCAAGAACACCAACGGCUCGCAGUUCUUCAUCACCACCAUCGUCACUAGCUGGCUCGACGGUGCUCACGUAGUGUUCGGUGAGGUCGUCGAGGGCAUGGAGCUCGUGAAGACGAUCGAGAAGUACGGGACUGAAUCUGGCAAGCCUAAGGCCGAGAUUAAGAUCGCCGCUAGUGGUACGGUGUAA